AUGUGUGUUGCACUCCCAGUAUGUGUGCGUGUGUGUGAGCCCCGGGGGCAAGCAGAGUGGCAGCGUGACUGGCCUCGAUGGCAAGCAAUUGGACGGCAAGAUUCCACAGCGCUUCGGCAACGCAACAAUCGAUCUCAAGCAGCAAUUCGUCCACGAGCUGCUGGCGAGGGCAGCAGCGGUAUUAGUAGGUUGCAAGUGGCCGCGGCUGUCGGGCGCGCCAAUAUAUGGCAGAGACAAGGAGGGGAUCUUCACGACGGUGCCAGUGGGCAUUUCAGGUUGGCUGCCAGGCACGAAAGCGCUCUGCUACCCAUUGAGCAUGGCGCUAUGAAACGGCCAGUCUCUUGUUGCACCGAGGACCUGGGAGACGGGGAGGAGCACAGAAUCGAUCUCCUGCUGCUAAAUGCGCCUCCUGCACGGCGAGCAAUGGGGCUACCGCAGGUGAAACCCGGAGGGAGGAGAAGGCCACCGCACCGCGUACACAAAGGGAGGGCCAUUCCUGCUCCCAAGGGCGGACUCCACCCUCCCCAGCGCCUGGCACCAGCACCCUCGAGCAAAAGAAAAACGCUGCCAUGGGCUGCGAUGAGCGCGGCAAUGGCCAAACAUCACGCAAGGUCCCUCGACAUGGGGGGAAGCCGACAUGGGAAGCGCGCCUGGGUACCUAGAGACGAGAGUACAGGAGUGUCGGGGCUUCAGGAAAAUCUCGGAACUAUCAAGGACCCACACCAGUUCUCUCCUAUUCCAUCACAUCACAGCCAAUGGAUAUCCAUGGUGGGCGGUUGGGAACAACAUUGGUUUCCACAGAGUCACGAGACUGCAAUCAUGAUCUGA